AUGAACACAGAAAUGGAAAAUGAGGAUUCUCUCUACCCUAUUGCCGUACUUUUGGACGAGUUGAGAGCAGAAGAUGUAAACUAUCGUUUGAACGCAAUAAGACGCCUUUCCACCAUUGCAUUAGCUUUGGGUGUGGAGAGGACCCGCGACGAGUUAAUACCGUUCCUCGAGGAAUCUAUCGACGAUGAAGACGAAGUUUUAUUGGCAUUGGCAGAUGAAUUGGGCAAUUUUGUCGAAUACACAGGCGGUAAAGAGCAUGCACAUCUCAUAUUAGGUCCCCUGGAGAAUCUCGCGGCCGUCGAGGAAACGCUCGUCAGAGACAAGGCUGUAGAAUCAAUUAAUAAAAUCGCGAGUGUUCUAUCUCAGCAGCAAAUAGAAACUUACUACAUUCCUUUGGUCAAAAGGUUAAGUGAGGGCGAAUGGUUCACCAACCGUACUAGUGCGUGUGGUUUAUACGCUACUGCAUAUAAAAACGCUACCCCUGCUACCCAAAUCGAAUUGCGAACAGCAUUCAAGAGAUUCUGUUCAGACGAUACGCCAAUGGUUCGACGAGCCGCUGCUAAAAACUUGGCGGCAAUGGCCAAAGAAAUUUCCAAAGAGCAUAUCAUCAACGAUAUUCUCCCAACAUUUAUAAAACUCUCCCAAGAUGAGCAAGAUUCCGUGCGAGUGCUGACUGUUGAAGACUUGAUUUCCAUCGCAGAAACGUUGUCGUUGGAUGAGAUAAAAACCUAUCUUCUUACACCUCUUAGAACUAUGGUUUCCGAUAAGAGUUGGAGAGUGAGAUAUAUGAUUGCCGAAAAUUUUGUGAGGAUAACAAAGGCGGUUGGAGAGGAAAUCAUCCGUGAUGAACUAGUACUGGCAUUCGUUAGAUUGCUGAAAGAUAACGAAGCUGAAGUCAAGACUGCCGCGUCCAGUCAAGUGCCAGGAUUUGCUCAGUACAUCGACAAGCAAAUGAUUUUGAAACACAUCAUGCCAUGCGUCAAGGAUUUGGUCACAGAUACAUCGCAACACGUACGUGCGAGCUUGGCAACACAGAUCAGUGGUUUGGCACCCAUUUUGGGGAAAGAAGCCACCACCGAACAUUUGUUACCACUGUUCUUGCAGUUGCUCAAGGAUGAAUCACCCGAUGUGAGACUCAACAUUAUAUCCAAGUUGGAGCAAGUGAAUGAAGUUAUUGGUAUUGAACUGUUAUCACAGAGUCUUCUACCUGCUAUUGUUGAACUGGCCGAAGACAAACAGUGGCGUGUUCGCCUCGCUAUCAUUGACUACAUUCCUCUACUCGCUAGCCAAUUGGGUGUUUCGUUCUUUGAUGAAAAGUUGGGCAGUCUCUGCAUGUCCUGGCUGCGUGAUCACGUUUAUUCAAUCCGCGAAGCCGCCACCGUGAAUUUGAAAAAGUUGACUGAAGUAUUCGGUGUUGAUUGGGCCAAGAAUACUAUUAUACCCAAAGUGUUGUCUAUGGGAAGUCAUCCUAAUUACUUGUAUAGGAUGACAACUAUCUUUGCGAUUACGACGAUGGCUCCAGCGGUAACUCCAGAAGUAAUCAGAGACUACAUCCUUCCCACAGUCAAUAACCUUGUGACGGAUCCUAUUCCGAAUAUUCGUUUCAACGUUGCGAAAUCUUAUGAAGUACUAAUACCGGUCCUUAAGCAAAGUCAAGAAACAGGAAUUCUGCUGGAUACACAAGUAAAACCUGCAUUGGAUAAACUAAAAGAAGAUAUGGACGCCGAUGUCAAAUACUUUGCUGAACGAGCGUUCCUUGCAGUUCAAUAG